GCGGGAGAAGAAAGAGACUGGAGAAAUUCCCUCUCCCUCUCUCUCUUUCCCUCCCCCGGCUCUCUCUCUCUUGGCGACUGAGCUAUGCAGUUAGCUACAGAGCCUACCUGACACCAUUUUCUGAUCAUCGAUUUUGGUCCUAUGCAGACUUCAUUGGAUUUGGAUGCAAAGGUUCGAGCUUUGGCUGCGGUUGUGAUGUGUUUCUUACAUGCUCGGUGAUGAGCUGCCUGAAUUCAUGUCAAAAAUGGUCUUUAGCUUAUCAACCAGGUUACUGAAUAUCACCGUAGCCUCCCUGUGCAAAGCUCGGCAGCUGCAGAGAGCAGAAACUGCCCUUGUAGACGCCAUUAGACUCGGGGUCUUCCCCGAUGUCGUGACUUACAACACACUCGUUGAUGGGUACUGUCGUUUCGUCAGCUUGGACACCGGGUACAGUGUUGUUAGUAGAAUGUGCCAGGCCGGGAUUAGACCCAAUGCGGUCACCUUCAACUCGUUGAUGGCCGGGGCAACCCGGCGGCACCUUUUGUCGAGGGCCCUCGAUCUGUUUGAGGAAAUGCUCCAGUAUGGCAUAUCUCCCGAUUUGUGGAGUUACAACAAUUUAAUGCACUGCCUUUUCAAACUAGGGAGACCUGACGAAGCCUAUAGGGUGUUCCAUGAUAUUAUAGUGAAUGAUCUAUCGCCCUGUGGGGCGACCUGUAACAUUAUGAUUAAUGGGCUUUGCAAGAAUGGGUAUUCGAGCAACGCCCUUAUGCUUUUUAGGAAUUUGCAGCGGUAUGGGUUUGUUCCUGGGGUUGUGACUUACAAUGUUCUCAUUAGCGGGCUUUGCAAAGCGAGAAGAUUGAAGGCUGCGAGUAGAUUGUUGCAGGAGUUGGCAGAGUCAGGGCAAGCCCCGAAUGCUGCCACCUACACCACAAUUAUGAAAAGUUUCUUCAGGUUCAAGAAGUUUGAAGAAGGGCUCGAGAUCUUUGCCUUGAUGAGGAGCAAAGGAUUUACUUUUGAUGGGUUUGCUUACUGCACAGUUACUGGUGCUUUAGUAAAGAGGGGCAGGUUAGAGGAGGCAAAUGAGCUAAUGGAUGAGAUGGUAAGGGAUGGAAUUCAGCUCGAUGUGGUGUCUUACAAUACCAAGAUUAACCUCCGAUGCAAGGAAGGUAAGUUUGAGGAUGCCUACCAGCUGUUGGAUGAAUUGGAGAAAGGUGGCCUAGAAUGUGAUGUAUAUACUCACAGUAUCAUAGUUGACGGGUUGUGCAAGGCCGAUGAUAUGGAAGGGGCCCUGCGACACUUAAAAUAUAUGAAUUCUUUGGGGUUUAAAUCAACGCUUGUUGCUUUAAACUGCAUUAUCAAUGGCUUGGGUAAAGCUGGAGAUAUUGACCGUGCUCUGAUGUUGUUCGAAUCAAUGGAGACUAGAGAUGAUUUCACCUACGCUUCUUUAGUGCACAACCUUUGCAAAGCAAGGAGGUAUAGACAUGCCUCCAAGAUACUACUUUUGUGGUUAAACAGUGGCCUGAAAGUUCUCCGUUCUUGCCAACGUGCCGUUCUUGCUGGUCUUCAUGAUUCAGGAUUCAAAAGAGAUGCUAAGAAGCUCAAGUUAAAGAUUUGGAAGGCUAGGAUGCUAAGAUGUUAAUUUCUUAGUGUCAAGGGGGGAAAUUAGUAAGUUCCUUGAUGUUCAUUGUGACAAGGAAUCAUACGAGGCAGAACUACUUUGUGCAUCUACCUUGAGUGAUUAAAUGGAGAUGAUUGGAAGCCACUACCCUACCAAACAAGAGGGCAUGAGUUGUUGCACUCGAUCGGUUCAUGCAGGUGAGUGGAAGAUUUUCUUGCUUAACAACAAAAAUGGUGGUUGUGUGCAUUUGGGUGAUUUUUCAGGCUGCUCCAUCAAUUCCUACUAUUUAUUAAGGUAAAUUGACUGACCCUGCAAAUAUGUAAUCAGGAUCUCAGCAUGGAGCAGACCCUUCGAAUGAAGUUGAACUUGUGGAAGCUUGCUCUUUUAGUGAAUUUCACAUUAUUAACAAAGAUCAUCCAUCAACUAUCUGUUUCUUCUGAUGGCGGAUGACGUGGACAUCAACUAUCGCUCGUUGAGGUCUGACCGGUCGGUCCUCAUUGCCGGAAAUGAUUACAUUGUCUCCCAUCAAUCAUCUUCAUACGUGUUGCUGCCAUUGAUUUUUUUAUUUUAUUUUUUUGUAGGUAUGAUUAUCUAAGUUGUUGGUCGACAUAUCUUUUCUUCAAAGAUCUUUGUGGCAUAUGUCAAAAGAAACGAUAUCCAAUAAAAUUGGAACGAAGAAAAGAUAUGUUGAAGAGCUUUUAAUGCCUUUCAAGCUGAGGAUAUAGGUGUCAGGACCUCUGUGAUCUUUGCUGUGGCUGUGGUUAUGGCCCGGAGUCGCUGGCUGAGUAACAAAGGUUCUAUUCAGAUAUUCAGAAGCAAGGCGAGGGAGGCCUCGGCCACGGUGGGGAUGCCAUGGAGAAACCCGACUCAUUUAACAGCUAGUUGUCCACCCUGUUGGCAUUUCUUGGAAGUCGGCAGGCUGCCCACUACAACUCUCUCAUUUGGGCCCCAGCCGAUUCAGAAACUGACCAGACAGAGAACUCCGGCAUACGGACGGGCUGGUGGAGCUGUGGCCGUCGCUCGAUGAUACCGCAGCGUUUCAAAUUACCUUUCAGCCCCUCUCCUUCCUUUUUUUUUUUAAGCCUUUAAUAAUUGCAUUAUUUCAUUAAUUAACUCUAUGUCCAUUAUAUUUUUGUUUCCUUUUAUUAGGUUGCCGCAUUUAUUCGUCAUAUAUUGGCUAAUAUCUUCCGACUAAAUCGUGCUCCAAAUGUUAUCACAUUAGUCAUUGCGAAUCGACUCAGCCAGAGUCAAGCAAACAUGCCAAAUAAAUCACAUUUCUGCCUA